UGAGCUAUUGUCUUUGUUUAAAAAGCAAAGAAAGACUAAACAUUCUUUAAAUAAAUUCAGUGUUGUGUUCAUGUUACUACUUUUUGCCUGUUUUUGGUGGCAUUUAACUGUUAUGUAACGACAAAAUCUCUGUGACAUUGAAAAGGUCUGAGAACGGCGUUUCUCAACAACAGAACUAAAUCUUGAUGGGGCCUGAACUGUGAGGGCAGACAGCUGCUCAGACUCCCCAAUAUUUGUGUUCUCGUCUGCUCCCUGCUUCUACCAGGAAUGCUGACUCUUUGUUCCACCCUCAUAGUUUCUCUCCUCUGUCUGCAGCUGUUGUGGAUGUAAAAACUCCAGCAGCUCCUUAGGAAACCUGCUGAUUGGCAGCAUUUCUCAUCACUCAGCGACUUAUUUACCACUAGAGUGUCAGAAAAACAGCAGUCACUCCUCCUUCUGCUUUGCUCCUCUAUUUUGUGAUUUCACUUUUGCUCUCAGGUUGUUCAACAAGCCCAAGAAAGUUUUCUUAUAUCAGAGGACAACAUGACGGCAUGAAAAUAGGGCUCCUCACAUGUCCCAGAUAUAAAAAAGUGGAACAAAUCAGGAAUUGGGAACCUUUUAACCCUUUGGUAGUGGGGUCAGCCUGACGUCUGCGAUGGAUUCACUCAGAUUGUUGCUUCAGUCCCUCCUCAUUCUUCAAGUACAUUUUUCCAAGCAGCUGGAGGACAACCAGAUCCCUCCCAGUCUGUGCACUGGUCACCCUGGGAUCCCUGGGUCUCCUGGAGUUCAUGGGAGCCCCGGUCAGCCGGGCAGAGAUGGCCGGGAUGGGAGGGAUGCUGCUCCGGGAGAGAAAGGGGAGAAGGGGGACAAAGGGGGCUCAGGGGAAACAGGAGAGCGAGGCCUGACGGGAGACAAAGGAAACCCUGGAGAAAAGGGUGAAAGGGGGCAGCAUGGGGAGUGUGCAGUGGCGCCCAAAUCAGCCUUCAGCGCCAAACUGUCUCAGGGUCUACCCUUGCCCCUCAGUGUGGGUGAUGCCGUUCGCUUUGACACAAUCCUGCUAAACGAGCAGGGUGACUACAAUGCAGAGACAGGACGCUUCACCUGCAAGGUCCCUGGGGUCUACUACUUUGCUGUCCACGCCACAGUUUACCGGGCCAGCCUUCAGUUUGACCUGAUGAAGAACGGCCACGCUGAGGCGUCUUACUUUCAGUUUUACGGCAGCUGGCCCAAACCAGCAUCUCUAUCGGGGGGCUCCCUGCUUCACCUUGUUCCUGGUGACCAGGUGUGGGUACAGAUGGCUCUCUCUGAAUACAACGGCUUUUACUCCAGCACCAAGACAGACAGCACCUUCUCCGGCUUCCUGGUGAACUCAGACUGGAAAAAUUCUGCAGUGUUUGCUUAACAUUAUGUGGAAAAUGAGGUCCAAGUUUGUGUUAUUUCACUUUUCUUUUUUCUAGAUCCAAUGACGUAUACAGACAGUUUUACAUGUUUGUUUGUUAGUUACAGAUGUUAGAAAAAAUAGGCACAAUAAUCCCACACCAAUUGAAGGUGUUUGUUGAUCUUCUAAGGAGAUCCUAUGCUUUUAGAUCAGCAGAUUUGGCAGCUUUGAAAAGAUGAAAGCCAUUAUUCAAAUGGAAUAAAAGUCCUCAUCAUGCUGGAAACUGAGGCACAAAUGCAAAAGGUCACAACUGUAAAAAGAGCAAUUUAUAAUAAUGACAGGGAAAAGACUCAUUUUUACAUCCCAUUUGCCAUAAGCUGCGUUUUAUUGAAAACAACCCUGAAAUGGAGGUGACUGACUAAACUAAACAGAGUUAGAAAUGACAGGAUUUUUAUUGUUUUUGCCUCCAAUUCUUUGACAACUUUCUCUGGAAAGAAAAGAAGACAUAAAGAGACAUAACACACAAUUUUAUACAUAUUUUCUCUUACUGAUAACAUAGGUAUUUGAAGUCAUUCUAUCUGUAUUUCAUUUCAUUCAAUUAAAAGUUUCAGUCAUUACUGUAUAUAUUACAACUCUUCACAGAUUAUGACGCUACAUUUAUUGAUACAAAUUGCAUUAAAACUCAGUGCUGAAUCAUCCGUUUCAUCAGUUUCCUCCAGCAGCCAAAAAACAUGCUUAAAAAGUUAUUUGGUUACUCUGAAGUCUCUCUAGGUGUGUGUGGGAGUGAUUGUGUGUCCAGCAACAAGCUGGCCACCUGUCAAGGGUGUACCUGCCUUCACCAAACAGGCUCCAGUCACCCCGCGACCCCGACCUGAAAGGGAUAUCGUGAGAUAAGAGCAUAAAUGGAUUCGUUAUAAUUGAUUCUAAACAGGGUUGAUAGUUCUCCUCUCCAUCUUGUGUUUGAAAACUGGUUCCAUGGAAAAGAAAGCUGAGCUACAAAGGACUUUAGCUUCAGGAUUCAGUGUCUGUGUGAAAACAUUAUCAUUCAUUAAAAGAUUUUCUAAGUUUA